GGUACCAGCAGGCAAAUGUCAUCAUCCUGCCCAGUCAUCUGGCCAAUGACUUUGAAGCAUUCUGUCGCUGUAAUCCCGCCCCCCUGCCACUCCUUCAUCGCAGCCAAUCAGGAGAGACUUCUUGUCUGCCUCUGGCUAAACACACUGACAUAAGGACAGAUAUUUCUCAGUACUGUGUGUAUGAGGAGGGUCAACUGGUGAAAACAGUCUCCAGUCUGCAGAGUUACACCAGUCAAGGAAGGAUUGCAUGGCCGGACAUGGUAUGUUUCUAUCUGGGCUGCAGUUUUGGCUUCGAGGGCAGACUGAAGACAGCUGGAGUCCCUGUUAGGAACGUGGAACAGGGCAGAAACGUCAGCAUGUACAGGACUGCAGUUCCCUGUAUUCCUGCUGGAGUGUUCAGCUGCCCUCUAGUGGCCACCAUGCGCCCUGUUCCAGCUGCUAUGCUAGAUGCAGCAGUGAAGGUUACCAAUCUCAACCCACUAGCACAUGGAGCUCCUGUACACAUAGGAGAACCAGCUCUCUUAGGCAUACAGGACCUGUCCAGACCAGACUAUGGGGAGCGAGUAGAGAUGCAGCCUGGUGAUGUCACAGUUUUCUGGGCCUGCGGAGUGACUGCUAUAGAGGCAAUACUCAGCAGCAAGCCUUCUUUGGCAUUCAGUCACUCACCAGGCUGUAUGUUCCUGACUGACAGCCCAGACUCUUCCCCUGUAACCAAACCCAAUCCUGAGCUGACGCCCCUCUGCUUCCUGGUAUCCCACAAUCCCUUGUUUUACAGCUUGGCAUCUCAGAGAGCAGUGGCAAGAAUUAGACAGUUGGAAAUAAUUAUUGGAGAGGACCCAGGUCAACGAGGGAUCAGAGCUUUAUCUGUUCAGGAUGAACUUCUGUGUUCUUGUCUGGCACUCUCCCACUCCUCUUCUGUUGCCAUAACAACCGGCUUCCCCACACACUACAUGCACAGCCCUCCUGAUGAGACAGAUGGCCCACCAGGAGCCAUUGCCAUGGCGACCAUGCUGUUGGCUCUAGGGAAACAGGUAACGAUGGUGACAGACAGGAGAGCCGUGGAGAUGAACCAGGCCAUUAUUGAUGAAGCUGUGAAGACAGGUGUGCUUAAAACUGCAAUACCAUUGGUCACCUUUGAAGACCAUGGUCCAGACUCCGCACUGCACUUUCUGUGUCACCACGGAGACCCCAACAGGCCGAGGUAUGACCACCUUGUUGCAAUAGAGCGCAGUGGAAGAGCUGAAGAUGGAAAUUAUUACAACAUGAGAGGAGUGAACAUCAAACAUCUGGUGGAUCCUAUUGAUAACUUGUUUAUUGCUGCCAAGAAUAUACCAGGAAUUACCACUACAGGAAUUGGUGAUGGUGGAAAUGAGUUGGGGAUGGGUAAAGUCAAGGAGAAGGUGAAGAGCUUGAUGCCCAAUGGGAGUCUCAUAGCCUGUGAUAUUCCUGCUGAUCAAUGCUGUCACUGCUGCCAAUAUCUAUCCUUACUCUACAACCUUGCAGUUACACUUGGUCACCUGUCUUUGGCUUAUCUUCUCCCACUGACAUCCCCAUGCCUCCCUCCUGCAGGGGUGUCUAACUGGGGAGGAUAUGCUGUGGCCUGUGCACUCUACCUGCUCCACACCUGCCCUUCACAUCAGCGGUACCUAAGGAAAGGACUAGGAGUGGAACACAUUCCCCCCCAAGAACAGCUGCAGGACUGGACUGCUAACCUGCCCUCUGUGGACAAGGAGGAGUCCUUCCUUUCCACUCUGGUGCGUUUUGGGAUUCGAAGUGGGAAAACUGGUAACCUGGCCAUGGAGGUGGAUGGUUUGACCUUUCACCCCACACACUCUGACAUAAUCACCAGAUUACUGGAGGUCACACUAAGCUCCACCUCUCAAAACCCUUAACCAGUUCCUCCUGUGUAUUCUCAGCAGUAUCAUAGAGGCACAGUCCAAAAAGUCAAUUAUCUAUAUGUGUAUUUGAGUAUUAAUAUAAUCUUAAUACUAAUCACUUAAAUGGCUGAACCCACUCAGAUGUGAAUGCUUUUUUAAACUUGAAUGCAUUGGAAUGCAGCACCAGAUAGAGACACACUCAAGCAUGUACGCACAUACAAACACAAUCAAUGUGCUAAUGGGUAAACUUCUGUUUCCUCUCUAUUCAGACUGUUGAAAGGAAGUGAGAAAGAAAAAAGAGAGAAUACACAGAGGGAGCUGUGUGUGUGAUUUUAGACGCUGUCUUGGUUACCUUUCAGCCCUCUGCAUUGAAUACUGGUGGCAAAGCAAAUUAGAUUCAAGUAAAACAAGCUCUCUUUCCCCUCUCAUACAGUUUGUGAUGGUAGAUGUAUUACUGUAUUGUUGCUGAUGAUAAUUAAUCUUUAUCUCUAAUCUCUUAAAAUGGGCUUAAUGACACCCUUAGACAGUAGCACACAGAUAUAAAGACUGCAUGAGCCUUCCAGCUUUGCCACUUUGAUAAUGUCUUGGAUGGUAAAGCAUAAGGGCUACCAUGUCAGAGAUCUACAGUUCUGAUCUCAAAUCAAUGAAUGUAGCAUAAAGAUGGUUACAGUGAAGUUGCUAAUGAUAUAGUUAGGCUGUGCAAUUGUCAUUUGACUACCAUUUCUUUCAGUCAGAUGUCAACACAGACUCCCCACCAUUGGCCUUCUCCUUCUAUUUUUAAACUGGAGUCAGAUUUUGUCUAAAAGAUCCAGCAAAAUGAGUUUAUACUAUCACACAGUGUGUAAAAUGGUUGUAAAAUGGUUGUAGUGCCUUUUUUUUUUACAUGUACAUGUAGUUAACAUAGCUGUUCCUGAGUUUCAGAAAUUUCCAAGCAGCUGUGUUACACCAUCUAAACAAUCUAGUUCACAGUUGAACCGGCAAGUGUCUGGUCAGGCUGAAAUAAUUCUCAGUAGAUGUUCUCCACUCUGAGGUCUCAGUAUGUCCACAUGUACUCACAACAAAACAGUGUGUCCUGGAGGCUAUAUUUUACAAUACACACUGACACUUACCCUCUCUCUCUAGCUGAAGAAGAGCAGAAAGAUGUUGGUAUGCAAACAACAAACUUGACUGCACAUGGCUGCUUUUCAAAGAGUUUCCUUUGAACUCAAACACGUCUUAACAAUAAAAAAAUCAUUUAGUACUACACUGAUGAUGUGGAGGUCUUUUGGGAUGCAGAGACGGAUGAACUGAACACAUUCCAUAGACUUAAAUUGAAUUCCAACUUCAAGUUAUUAAUACAUAAAUUAUUAAUAUGUCACCUUGUUCCUAAGAUGUAUAAAUCUGACAGUGGACUAUGUGCACAAGCAUGAGAGAAAUCCUCUUGAUGGCCUCUGUGUUCCAACCCACAUCCCCAACACACUUCUUGUAGCACCUCACCACUUUACAUUUCAUCUUUUUAGAAAUACAGGUACCCAAACAUAUAUACUGCAUUAUCACAGCCCAAGUGGCAAAGGCCUUGGUCUUCAGCACAACUCACAAACUGGGACUAUAUGGGACUUUGAUUCUUGAGCUUACAAAAUGAUUUGCUUCUCAACAACACUCCACUUGAAGUGUUUUGUAAUUGUUGAACAUUGUUGUAAAAUAUUUAAGAAGCUGGAGCUCUGAUUUGAAUUUUAAAUAAAAUAUGUUGCCACCAA